GAUCGGUGCGCAGCGAUGGCAGGACCGCCCUGGCAGCGCCGGGGGGCCUGGGUGCCGCUGCUCUUGCUGCUGCUGGCCGGGCCCACCACUUGCGCCGCCAGCCCCGCAGACGACGGCGCGGGCCCCGGGGGCCGGGGACCCCGGGGCCGCGGGCGGGGGGACACGGGCGCCGACGAGUCGGUGCCGCGCCACGACUCCUCCUAUGGCACCUUCGCCGGGGAGUUCUACGACCUGCGCUACCUGUCCGAGGAGGGUUACCCUUUCCCUACUGCUCCUCCUGUGGAUCCAUUUGCCAAAAUCAAAGUGGAUGACUGUGGAAAAACUAAGGGAUGCUUUAGAUACGGCAAGCCAGGCUGUAACGCAGAGACCUGUGACUACUUCCUCAGCUACCGGAUGAUAGGGGCUGAUGUGGAAUUUGAGCUGAGUGCUGACACAGAUGGUUGGGUGGCAGUUGGAUUCUCUUCAGACAAGAAAAUGGGUGGUGAUGACGUCAUGGCCUGUGUCCACGAUGACAAUGGCCGGGUCCGCAUACAGCACUUCUAUAAUGUCGGCCAGUGGGCCAAGGAGAUCCAGAGAAAUCCUGCCAGAGAUGAAGAAGGAGUCUUUGAGAACAAUCGGGUCACCUGCAGAUUUAAACGCCCCGUGAACGUUCCCAGAGACGAGACCAUUGUCGAUCUGCAUUUGAGUUGGUAUUAUCUGUUUGCCUGGGGUCCAGCCAUUCAGGGCUCUAUCACCCGGCACGACAUAGACUCACCACCGACUUCAGAACGUGUUGUCAGUAUUUACAAGUAUGAAGACAUUUUUAUGCCAUCAGCUGCCUAUCAAACCUUCUCCUCUCCGUUUUGUUUGCUUCUCAUUGUUGCCCUGACCUUCUACUUAUUGAUGGGAACCCCUUAACUACAGCUGCAAAGCCAACAUAUUAAAUAGAUUAGAAAGUCUUUAGUAUAAAUAUAUUUUUAAAGAAUAUGCAGUAUAAUUUUAGCUUUUCUUAUUUAAAAAAAAAGACUCCUAUGAUUUCAGUUUUUUGGAAGAAAGAGCAAGCUGCUUUUCUAAUCAAAGAGGAUUGUUUAAUAUUGAUCCCAUACUUUUGGAAAGUACUUAAAAUUUUUUCUAAGCACUUUCACAUGUGUUUUCUUCUUUGAGCUUCAUAAUAUCUCUGAGUUGGCUUGAUGAAAAUUGUUAGGGCCAUCUUACUGGAUGGGCUUUGAAGUUGAGGAAGCUGCUUUUUUUGGUGACCUCUGUACCAUGUGGCCUUGGCUACUUGGUCAGAUAACACAUAAUAAGGUAGAGAAGGAGCUAGGCACACAGAUUCUAAACGACCUUUAUUCUUCCAACUACAGCUCAGGAGAGCAUUACUAAAGAGAACUUUACUGGGUGGCCCUUAGUCGGGAGAAGUUUCAAAUUUCCAUAAUACGUUUGGAUAUUUACAUAGCUGAUGGGGAGAAUGGGAAAAUUUGCAAUGAUAAGAAAAUGGUCUCUACUUACUGGAAAUGUCUUCUCAGUCAGUGAGUAGUUAUGAGAAAAUAUUUUUUUAUUGCUGUUUGGAAAGGUUAGAAACAGAACUGUGAGUGUUCCUGAAGAUGUAAAACUCUAUUAAUGAUUAAAAAAAAAAUAAGGGCAUUCUUAGUGGUUAGAAUUUAGACUCUUCUAUCACUGUAUUUUAUAAAUUAAACAGUUCAUGUAUGGUUACAGCUAUUCUGUUGUCAGAGUCAACAUCUACUGAGUAUGGUUAAAUAUGUAUUAUAAUAGACAAAUCAUCCUAAUAAAAGUUUAAGGCAUUUUGAAAAUAAAUUAACAUUUUUGGAGAUUGUGGA